AUGAGUGAUUUGCCAAUUGACUUUACGGAGCUGGUGGAUCUGACAUCGGUUGGGAUCUCGUCUCAAUCGCUGGACUUCAGAUCGACCACUUUCGAAAGUGACAGGUUUGUAACAGUUCGAGAAACAAACAACGGGGCCAAUUCAGUGGCAAUUGUGGAUUUACAAAAUGGGAACUCUGUAAACCGCAAGAACAUGGGUGGUGAUUCUGCCAUCAUGCAUCCAACGCAAAAUGUUAUUUCUGUCAGAGCACAGGGAACAGUGGUUCAAAUCUUCAAUCUCGAUACCAAGAGCAAGUUGAAAUCGUUCACGUUGGAAGAACCGGUGCUGUUUUGGAAAUGGCUUAAUCAAGAAACACUAGGGUUUGUGAGUGCUAACUCGUUGUAUAUCUCGAAUGUGUUUGACGGAGAAACUUCAAAACAACCAACAAGACUGGCACAAAGACACGCCAAUUUGAGCAAUGCCCAGAUCAUCAAUUUUGUAGCCAAUGCUCAACUUGACUGGUUUGCAGUGGUCGGGAUCAUUCAAGAAGACGGUCGUAUUGCCGGUAAAAUCCAGCUUUUCUCUAAAGCUCGGGGAAUUUCUCAAGCAAUUGAUGGUCACGUGGCGAUUUUCUCUAGAAUUUUGCUCGAGGGCAACUCUAGUCCAGUCCAAGUGUUUGUGACCGGCAAUAAGAACGCCUCUGGCUCUGGUGAACUGCGUAUCAUUGAAAUUGAUCAUAAUGCGGUGAAUCCAGUCUCGUAUCAAAAGAAAAAUGUCGAUAUUUUUUUCCCACCAGACGCUGUCAACGAUUUUCCAAUUUCCGUACAAGUUUCGGAAAAAUAUGGUGUCAUUUAUGUGUUGACCAAGCAUGGGUUCAUUCACCUUUACGAACUUGAGACAGGUGCCAAUCUAUUUGUGAACAGAAUCACAGUCGAGCCUGUUUUUACCGCCACGACUUACGACGAAAAGAACGGUAUCGCGUGCAUCAAUCGUAAAGGUCAGGUGUUGGCCGUGGAAAUUUCAAAGGAGCAAAUUGUUCCUUACGUACUUGAGAAACUAUCAAAUGUGUCUCUGGCUCUGAAAAUGGCGUCAAGAGGAGGACUACCUGGCGCAGAUGAUCUUUUUAUCAAACAAUUUGAUUCUUUGUUGGCUUCCGGUGAUUAUCAAAAUGCGGCUAAAGUUGCUGCCUCUUCUCAAGAAUUGCGUACCCAGACCACUAUCAACAGGCUCAAAAACAUUCAGGCCGCUCCAGGUGCUAUUUCUCCAAUUUUACUCUACUUCUCCACUUUGUUGGACAAAGGCAAACUGAACAAGUACGAGACAAUAGAGCUGGCCAAGCCAGUCCUACAACAAGAUCGGAAGCAACUAUUUGAGAAAUGGUUGAAAGAGGAUAAGCUUGAGUGCUCUGAAGAGCUGGGUGACGUUGUAAAGCCAUUUGAUACAACGUUGGCUCUUGCUUGCUACCUGAGAGCUGAGGUGCACUCAAAGGUUAUCACCGCCUUGGCUGAACUUCAACAAUUUGACAAGAUCCUGCCUUAUGCCCAAAAGGUGGGUUUUCAACCAAAUUACGCGAUUUUGAUCUCCAACCUAUUGCGCUCCUCACCAGACAAAGCUUCGGAAUUUGCUACAAGCUUGUUGCAAUCACCAACUACUUCUUCAGAAUUGGAUAUUGAAAAGAUUGCUGACAUCUUUUUCAACCAGAAUUUCGUUCAACAGGGUACUUCGUUUUUAUUGGACGCCCUCAAAGGUGACACUCCCGAUCAAGGUCAUCUACAAACUCGUGUUCUCGAGGUUAAUUUGCUUCAUGCGCCACAGGUGGCGGAUGCCAUUCUCGGCAACAGCAUAUUUAGCCAUUAUGACAAACCAACCAUCGCAUCUCUCGCAGAGAAGGCAGGUCUUUACCAAAGAGCUCUUGAAAACAGUACCGAUAUAAAGGAUAUCAAGCGCUGUAUUAUUCAUAGCAGCUCAAUACCUGCCGAUUGGCUUGUCAACUUUUUUGGACAGCUCAAUGUGGAACAAAGUUUUGCUUGUUUGAGGGCCCUUUUGGACGAUAACCUCCAAGCAAAUCUCCCUAUUGUGAUCCAAGUUGCCACGAAGUAUUCUGAUUUGCUGGGUGCCCAAGUACUCAUCAAACUUUUCGAGGAAUACCGUGCCACAGAGGGUUUGUACUACUACCUGGCUUCUUUAGUCAAUUUGACCGAAGACAAGGAUGUUGUGUUCAAGUUCAUCCAAGCCGCUGCAAAGGUGGGGCAGUACAAAGAAGUUGAAAGGGUUGUCAGAAGCAACAACGUUUAUGAUCCUGAACGAGUGAAAAAUCUUCUAAAAGACUUGAAGCUACCAGACCAGAUGCCAUUAGUAAUCGUUGCUGACCGUUUUGGCUACAUUCAUGACCUUGUCCUGUAUCUCUACAAAGCUCAGGAUUUCAAGUUCAUUGAAGUCUAUGUGCAGCAAGUGAACCCUCUCAAAACCCCCCAGGUGGUAGCAGCUUUGUUGGAUGUAGACUGUGAAGAAAAGACUAUUCAAAAUCUAUUGGCGACGGUUGUCGGCCAGGUGCCCAUUGGUGAGCUCACUAAAGAAGUUGAAAAGCGAAACAGACUCAAGCUUUUGCUUCCAUUCUUAGAAGAAACGCUACGUCUUGGCACGCAAGAUCAGGCCGUAUACAAUACCCUGGCUAAAAUCUACAUCGAUUCAAACAACUCACCCGAGACCUUUUUGAAGGAAAACAACGAAUACGACACAUUGGAUGUCGGUCGUUAUUGCGAAAAGAGAGACCCCUUUCUUGCUUAUAUUGCUUACGAAAAAGGCAGCAAUGAUGCUGAUCUCAUCAGAAUUACAAGCGAGAACAGCAUGUACAAGUAUCAGGCGAGAUAUCUGUUGAAGAGAUCAGACCAUCAAUUAUGGAAUACGGUGCUGGGCGAAGACAAUAUCCACAGGCGUCAAGUAAUCGACGCGGUGGUGGGCGUCGGCAUCGGUGAAGUGACUGAUCCUGAGCUCAUCUCCGUUACUGUGCAGGCCUUUAUGAGCAACAAUUUGAAAGGCGACUUGAUCAAGCUGUUGGAGAAGAUUAUUUUAGAGCCUUCACCAUUUAAUGACAACCCAGCGCUACAAGGUUUGUUGAUGCUAUCUGCCAUUAGAUAUGAUCCAUCAAAGGUCUCUAGUUACAUUGAGAAGCUUGAUGGUUACGACAUUGAUGAAAUUGCCCCUAUGUGUGUUGAAAACGGUUUGAAUGAGGAAGCGUUUGAAAUUUACGACAAAAACGAGAAGCACAGCAAAGCCCUUCAGGUAUUGGUCGAGGACAUCAUGUCUUUGGAUCGUGCUGAGAGUUAUGUCGAAAAGCUCAACAAAUCUGACUUAUGGCCUCAGCUUGGUGCGGCCCAGUUGGUUGGAUUACGCAUCCCAGAGGCUAUUGAAUCGUACAUCAAGGCAAAUGAUCCAUCGAACUAUGAAAGUGUGAUUGAAGUAGCUGAACAAGCUGAGAAAUACCAAGAGCUCAUUCCAUACUUGUUGAUGGCUCGCUCGUCUCUGAAAGAAGCCAAAAUUGACAAUGCUUUGAUUUUUGCUUAUGCUGAAUUAAACAAGUUACAUGAGAUUGAAAACUUGCUCAACACCUCCACGGUUGCUGACUUGGAGUCUGUCGGUGUUAAGUUAUUCGAGAAGAGGGACUACAAAGCUGCCAAACUCUGCUUUUCCGCUGUCUCCAACUACUCCAAGUUGGCCACCACUCUUGUUUACUUGGAAGAUUACCAGGCAGCAGUCGACACAGCAAGAAAGGCUUCGAAUGUUAGAGUCUGGAGGGAGGUCAGUGAUGCCUGCGUCGACAACAAGGAGUUUAGACUUGCGCAAAUUUGCGGACUCAACUUGAUUGUCCAUGCCGAAGAAUUGGAUGAGCUAGUAGACAAGUACGAAUCUCAUGGCUAUUUCGAAGAGUUGAUUUCUCUCUUUGAAGCAGGGCUUGGUCUAGAAAGGGCUCACAUGGGAAUGUUCACAGAACUGGCUAUUUUGUACACAAAGUACGACUCUAGAAAGACUUAUGAACACCUCAAAUUGUUCUGGUCUAGAAUCAACAUCCCCAAGGUAAUCAGGGCUGUCGAGAGCGCUCAUCUGUGGAAAGAGCUCAUCUUUCUCUAUGCGCAUUACGAUGAAUGGGACAAUGCUGCUCUUACGAUGAUCGAAAAGUCUGCUGAAGAUUUCGACCACUCAUACUUCAAAGAGAUAGUAGUGAAGGUCUCCAACCUAGAAAUCUAUUACAAGGCAAUAAACUUUUAUGUUAAAGAGCAUCCUUCUCUAUUGAUUGAUUUGAUGACUGUGCUCACUUCCAGAUUAGAUAUUCCAAGAACCAUCCGAAUCUUUUCCAAGUCAGACAAUCUGCCACUAAUCAAACCAUUUUUGGUUAAUGUUCUUCCUACGAACAACUCCGUCGUCAAUCAAGCUUACCACGAUUUGAUGAUCGAAGAAGAGGAUUACAAAGCUCUACAAGACGCUGUUGAUUCUUAUGACAAAUUCGAUCAACUUGAUUUGGCUGCGCGUUUGGAGAAGCACGAGCUCAUUUUCUUCAAGAAAAUCGCAGCCCAACUCUACCGCAGAAAUAAAAAAUGGGCCAGAAGUUUGGCCAUAUUCAAAGAAGAAAAGUUAUGGGCCGAUGCCAUCCAGACUGCGGCAAUUUCACAAACUACUGAAGUUGCCGAAGAGCUAUUAAGCUACUUUGUUGAAACGGAGAAUAAGGAGGCGUUUGUGGCGUUGUUAUACACGGCUUACCAUUUGAUCAGGUACGAUGUGGUUUUGGAAUUGGCUUGGUUGCAUUCUUUGACGGACCAAAUAAAGCCGUAUGAAAUCUCUGUGAAGACGGAGCAGUUUGCUACAGUCCAAAAACUCUUGAAAAAAUCAGAAAAGGGCGAGAGCUCAAGUGCGGGGGAGAACGGCGAUGAACCUUUACUGCUCACAAAUGGAUCCGUGAACUACCAGGCCACUGGUCAGGCUUUUGGAAACUUCAUAUAA